CUAGAUCAGAGCAAUGUACGGGGUAGCAGCAAAAUGGCUUCUUCUACUUCCAAAUCCCUAGCAGAAAUCCUACAGCCGGUUAAGCGUCUCCGAUCUCUCUCACCGUCACGCGAAACCCUAGCCCCUAGAUCAUGCAUCUCAAUUCGCAGUGAUCCCUCUGUUGGCUCUGGCGUCUCAGGCGAGUUUAAACUAGAAUCACCUUCCAACCUCACCGUGGAGCAGCGAAGCAGAAUGGAGUUCAACAAGUAUUUGGCAAGAUCGAAGAGGAACGCCAGGCUCUGCAUCGAGAGAAUUGAGAACGCAAAAGCCAAAGGAAUCGAAUAUGCGAAGUUGGAGGAGCUUCUAGUGGAGGAAACGUGGCUGGAAGCUCUUCCAGGGGAGCUUCAAAAUCCCCAUUGGAAGAAUCUUUGCAGGUUCGUGGAGAGUGAGCUGAGGGGUGUUGUUCCCAUAUAUCCUCCGCCACACCUUAUAUUCAAUGCCCUAAACUCCACUCCGUUUGAUCGGGUGAAGGCUGUGAUCAUUGGUCAGGAUCCGUAUCAUGGGCCUGGUCAAGCUAUGGGCCUUGCCUUCUCAGUGCCAGAGGGUAUCAAGCCUCCAUCAAGCUUAAUCAAUAUUUUUAAGGAACUUCACAAGGAUGUUGGCUGUUCCAUUCCCAUGCAUGGAAAUCUGGAAAGAUGGGCAGUGCAGGGUGUUCUUUUGCUUAAUACUGUACUUACUGUUAGAAAGCAUCAGGCUAAUUCUCAUGCUACAAAAGGGUGGGAACCAUUUACUGAUGCUGUUAUUCGAACAAUAUCAGAGAAGAAAAGAGGCAUUGUUUUUAUUCUCUGGGGUAAUUCAGCUCAAGAGAAGUCCAAACUGAUAGAUCCUACGAAGCACCAUAUCCUUAAAGCAGCCCAUCCGUCGGGCCUUUCUGCUAAUAGAGGCUUUUUUGGAUGCAGGUCAAUAAAAAUUAUUUUUAUUGCAUUCUCACUUGGUAUGCGUGCACAAAUUACUUUAGGAGUGCUUUCAUCUGCUUGCAUAUGUGAUUUGAAUUUUGUUUUUCUAUUUACGUAUAUGCCUUAUAAUUCAAGGUUUUUUAUGUAAUUUUCACUUAACUUGGAUGUAUUAAAUAUUAAUAGACCGCUCAACUUAUAAUCCUUGCUAAAGUACCAUCAUGAUAUGAGAGCUUCUUGUUAUAUUUAAUUAAUCAUUACAAAAGAACACUGCCAUCACUUAUCUCUGUUUUUUUAAAAAGUGAACAACAAUGCAGCUAUUACAAUGUUGGAUGACUUCUUAUAAUGUCGAAUAGUGUGACGGGAUACGAAACAACAUGGAAUGGGACAAUGCAAGUUAAAAAAUAUAUACUGGACUAUCAUAGAUCUCAUUGAUAAGUCUUGAAAUCAAAUGUGAUACUUGUUUAAUGAUGUGUUAAGAGAUGUUAAUGCAGAUGCCAAAACGUGAAACUCCUCUUCAUGCAAGAGAGCACAAAUUUCCAAGUGAUAAGGCCUUGAAUUGUUCCUUGUACACACACUUGAUUGAAGAAAAGAGAAAGACGUGAAGUUAAAUGAAGGGAUAGGAAAGCUCCUUUUUGAGCUUGUUGAUUUGAAUUUGGCUCCCACAGUCAAUUUAGUGUGAAGGCAGAGUUUUGCUUUGAGCAAAGAAUGUAUUAUAUAAAUAUAAAAAUAAAUGAAUAAAUAAAUAUGUAUAGUGAUGUAUAUAUUUUUAUAUUUUAAAAUUCUAUGAACUUCUUGGUAUUUAAAUUUGGAUUUUCUCUUGAUUUGGGUAAAAUUUUAUGUGAUCGGUAAAGAGAAGUUUGAAAUAAAAUUAUUAAUGUGUGAUAUCGUGAAGAUUGCAUGUAAUGUAUAUGGGAUGAUUUGGGAAGAUAUUGCAGAGGUUGGUUGAAUAUGAUUUGGUUUAGGUUUUAGGAAAACGUUUUGGAAGAAAUUUUUAGGAUUAUUUGAUAUCACAUUAAUUUAGGUGGUAAUUUAGCAUGCAAACUUCCAAAGGAGGUAAUGCAUUAAGAGAUGGAGUAUUGGGCAUGAGUUUCUAUUGUUUUAAGCGCAACUUGAAUUACUCAUAAACAAGUUGGUCGAGAAGGUAACUUAAGCGGAGGUGGUCGCCGUCUGUGUUGGCGAGUGCUAGUAGUUCGGAUUAAAGCAGGCGGUAGGAGAUGACUUGAGGCUUGAGGAGUUGGAAACAGUAGAUGUGGAGGGGUCGGGUGUGGAGAUCUACUAAUGGAAGAAGAAGUGAAGCAGAGGAAGAGUUGGAGCUUGUGUGGGUGGAAGAGAGUCGAGAGCUUCGAGCUCUUGUUCCUUUUGACGACGCGAAUCAGGCGACGUGAAGCGGGUUUACGCGUGCGAGGGAUGGGCUUGCUGCUGUUCUGCGAUGAUGUAGAGGUAUGGGUCGCCGUUUCUACAGGAUUUGGCAGGUGAUGUGGAAUUUUUUAUACAAUUUUGAUUUUUUUUUGUUUGCUUUUGAGGUCAACAGUAAUAUAAUAAGUAAUUUGAUAAUUAACACCUAAUUUGAUAAUUUAUAAUAAUUAAAUUAGCUUCUAAUUAUAUUAUUUAUCAUUAUAACUUAUUAAAUAUAAUUAAAAUUAAAGUUAAUAAGUAACUCAUAUUUAACAUGCAAAUUACAUUCAACAUACAUUAAAUUUAAUUUAUAAAUAAACUAACCGUCUUAAAUCUUGUAUUACGUUGCCAAACAGUUUCUCAUGAUUUAUCAGGAUUUAACAUAUUUCACACCAAACAAUUUUAGGAUUUAUUAAAUCUGGAUUUACAUGUUUACUAAAUUCCACUAAAGUUAAAUCCUACUUGUUGCCAAACAUCUUCUAAUGGGAGUUGAUUGUGUAUUAGAUAAUGACGAGAUUGAAUCUUCUGAUGAUGAUGCAUCGUAUAAUCUUUUUGAUGGUUUAGACUUCUGAUGUCUUUGAGAUACGAAAUCGAAUGUCUCAUAAGGCACCCUAAAAAAUUUCUAGUGUUCAAGUGUCGCAUUGAACGAACAGCGAUGUACAAUUGUACAUGCUUAAUAGAUGGCUUGGGGACAUCUCAACACUGUGGAUGCUCCUGCAGAAGAUGGCAUCCGGGCUUGAGGUUUGAAGGGUCCAUCAACUUUCUCUAGCCAUAGGUUGACCAUCUGGAAUAUUUCUGUUCAUACUGUAAGUAAAGCUGGAUUCAUUUUGCAUUCAGAAACGAAAAUUGAUAGCUUUCCUUUAAUUUAUUUGGAUUAACUGGUUUGGGAUUUUCUGUUAUCAAACAUCUGCCAAUGCGGUUGGCUAGCUUCAACCAAUUAAUCAUUUCUCUUUGCCUUGCAAAUCUCAUAUUCUUUCAUAUAGAUUAUCUUUCCUCGAUUAAGUUCGCCUAACGUUACAAGAUCUUCUGCGCCUGCGCUCUCUAUCACUGACUUGUUCUCCAAUGCGAUAUCUUAUUUCAUAUUUUCUCUAUAACAGGCAUUUUUCCAAGACAAAUGAGAUGCUAAAGAGAUUAGGCCUCUCUCCAAUAGAUUGGCAACUAUAGAAUCAAUGAUGAGAAGCUACAGGUUUUUUUAUGAAAUAGAGUUUUUGACCAUAUGCUGCUACUCUCUUCCAAGCAUUUCUGUUUUUUUUUUGCUCUUAAAUAUGAGAGUGCUACUAUUUAUAUGGCCAAAUUUUGGACUAACGAAUCUAACUCCGACAACUUAAAUGAACUCAACUGCAGCAAGGAUAGUUUUGUAAUCUUCAGGAACUUGUCACAGUCCUCGUACUUAAAAUUUUGUUACUUUAUUUUGUUCGAAGUAGUGCAAAAAUUGAAGGUAUGUUUACGUAGUGGCAAUAUUCUUAUUAUACGUAGCUCUUACUGGGAUUUUUGUUAUUACGCUACUCCAGACUAGUUUAAACAGGAAGUCCUGCAAUUUCCUUCUAUAUGUAUAUUUGGUUUAUUAGCAGAUCAAUGAGUUAUUGAUAUGUGCUUCUGA